AAUUCACACCCAAUCCAGAGAGAGAGAGACACCGCACACUGUGGCACACAGAGCUCGGAGGCGCCGGCCAUGGAGGCCUCGCAGGCGGCGUCGGCGUGGAGCAGCGUCAACUCCGGCAUCGUGCUGAGCCUCGCCGCCGUGCUGUGGACCGUGGUGUGGAACAGCCUCCAGUCGCUGCAGCUGCACCACCUGGUCGGCCGCCACCUCGCCCGCCACGCCCGCCGCCUCGCCGCCGUCGUCGACCCCUACCUCACCGUCACCGUCGCCGAGCACGACGGCGGCCGGAUGAAGCGGAGCGACGCCUACAGGGAGGUCCAGGCCUACCUCCACCGCGCCACCUGCGACGCCUCCGCCGGCGUCCGCCACCUCCGGGCCGAGCCGGCCAAGAACCCCGACGCGUUCGUCCUCUCCAUGGCCGACCGCGAGGAGGUCGCCGACGUGUUCCGCGGCGGCGUCACCGUCUGGUGGCUAGCCUACUCGACGCCGCCGCGGGAGGACGACGCCGGCGGCGGGUUCUACUGGGGCGGCCGCGCCGCCCGCGCCGACCGGCGGUUCUACCGCCUCUCUUUCCUGGAGCGCGACCGCGACGUCGUCCUCGGCGAGUACCUCCCCCACGUCCGCCGCGAGGGCCGCGCCGCCAUGGUCAGGAACCGGCAGCGCAAGCUCUUCACCAACCUCGCCGGCGACACCUGGGGGGACGACGGCGGGUGGUGCGAGAGCGUGUGGAGCCACGUGGUGUUCGAGCACCCCAAGACGUUCGACACGCUCGCCAUGGACCCGGCGAGGAAGAAGGACAUCAUGGACGACCUCGACGCGUUCCGGAACGGGAAGGAGUACUACGCGCGCGUAGGGAGGGCGUGGAAGCGGGGGUACCUCCUGCACGGCCCGCCCGGCACCGGCAAGUCCACCAUGAUCGCCGCCAUGGCCAACUACCUCGACUACGACAUCUACGACAUCGAGCUCACCUCCGUCCGCACCAACACCGACCUCCGCAAGCUCUUCAUCGAGACCACCAGCAAGUCCAUCAUCGUCAUCGAGGACAUCGACUGCUCCCUCGACCUCACCGGCAAGCGCAAGAACAAGAAGAAGAAGGACGCCGCCGCCGCCAAGAACGACACCGACGGCGACAAGAAGGAGUCGCCGCCAUCGGAGGAGGAGGAGAAGGACAAGGAGGGAAGCAAGGUGACGCUCUCCGGCGUGCUCAACUUCAUCGACGGGCUCUGGUCGGCGUGCGGCGGCGAGCGCAUCAUCGUGUUCACCACCAACCACGUCGAGAAGCUCGACCCGGCGCUCAUCCGGCGAGGCCGCAUGGACAAGCACAUCGAGAUGUCCUACUGCGGCUUCGAGGCCUUCAAGUUCCUCGCCAAGGUCUACCUCGGCAUCGACGCCCACCACCUGUUCGACGCCGUGCGGGCGCUCCUGCGCGACGUCGACAUGACCCCCGCCGACGUCGCCGAGAACCUCACGCCCAAGGCCGCCGGCGACAACGCCGACACCUGCCUCGCCGAGUUGGUCAAGGAGCUCGAGAAGGCCAAGGCCGACAAGGCUCAGGCGAAAGGGAAGGCGGCGGCGACGGCGGCGGCGGAAGAGGAGGUCGACGGCGAUGACGACGAGGAGUAGACUAAUGUUGACUUAUUUGAUGUUUACUUGGAUUACUUGCUCACUUCGCUUGUGCUAGAUUGUCACAGAUAUUUGACUAUUCUUACAUGAUUAACUAGUGUAUUAGUUUUAGUUUUAAUUAAGAAAAAACAUAAAAAAAAUUGGCUCGACACAUGAAAA